AUGUUAGAGAAAUUAUUUCAGUAUAUACCACGUAAGAGUUAUAAUAAUUUCGGCAACGUUGUCGUACUUUUGUUCUUUCUAUGUGGCGUCUUUAUUAUUCCUAUUGCAAAUGACUUUGAUGCAAAGACAAACAUUCGUUGUAGUCCGAUACCUAAAGAGAUCUCUUCAAGUCAGAAUUUUGUCCAUAUCACAUGUUUCUCAAAAUACGAAGAGGAAUAUCACUGGAAGAUACCUUUUGGAGUGCUUGUUGCUUUCAAUUUUGCCAUAGUCUUGACCUUUUUUAUUCUCUAUGCGUCUUGGGCCAAAUCUCGAGUGGCUAGAUGGGAUAUUGUACCAAACAAAGAAGAUAGAAACGAAGGAAUGGCGGAAACUAAGAAUGGCAUCUUGUUGUUUCAUAUUUAUAUUUUGCAUUUGCUUUUCACGCGUUUCUUUCUCUUGUUACUCUUCGCUUUUGCUAUUUUCUAUUCUAUAAACUUUCCUUCGAACUUUUCUUGCCCUUGGCGUUCCCCUCUCAAUACAAUUCCUUGUGUUAAUAAUAUGGCAACAAAAAAGAUAACCUUAGCGAAAGCAGUUGCUUUGAUUGAUGUGAUUUUUGCGUCACUUGCUCUAGCUGAAGUGAUUUUUAUCUUUCGUUGGAAACGAAGUGAUGACGAAUUUUGUCUUGUUGAAGAUAUGGAAUUUUGUUCUGUUUAUAUUUUACAACGAAGAGAGAAUAUUGGAAGCAUCAUCAGAAAUAUACGUAAUUCCCCAACUGUGAACACAAAUUUCUUUGUAAAACUUAUCAUUCACGUAAACAGAAAUAAGGAAAGACAUGAAAUGUACGAUGUUCAUCUGGAUAAACUACAAGAACAAAUUGAGAAUAUCGAAGACAUUUUUAAACCAACAAACAACCAGAAUAACGCACCUCGACUAAUUCUGAUUGUAGGAAGACCUGGCAUUGGAAAAACUGAACUCACAAAACGGAUUCAACAAGAAUGGAAGAAGAAGAAGGUGACGUUCUGGAAAGGUAAACUAGUCAUACGUCUUGCAUUUCGUAAGUUUAAUCAUGAAAACAACAAGAGACACAAUCUUUUAACUCUUUUUGCUCAUGGUGAUGGAGUUACACCUACGGCAAGAGGACAAAUAUUUCAAGAUUUGUAUGAGUUUAUAAACUUGAAUCAAGAAAAAGUUAUUGUUGUUUUUGACGGUUUGGAUGAAUUGGAUGUGGACCUGGAAAAAUGCUGGCAAGAAAAGGAGAUCACCCAAAAUGAUCCCAAACUAACCAUGUCAAUAUUUUCCCUUUAUGUCAAGUUAAUACGAGGCAAUUUCCUACCCAAUGUCACCAUCGUAACAACCACUCGACGAACGGAGGAUGAACUAUACCAACAAUUAAAUAAUUUCGACAAGAAGCUGGAAAUUUUGGGUUUUACUGAGUCAGAAAUUAAGGAGUUUGUGGUUAAAUUUUCUGAAAAUAACGAUGAACUAAACACAAAAGUAUGGGAUAUAAUAAAGCAGUCCGCAGAAUUAUUAAGCAUUUGUUAUAUCCCAGUAAGCUGCAAAAUAGUUUGCUCAACCUUGAAAGAAAGUUUUGUCUCCCAAGCACAAGGAACUCACUGACUGUCACGGAGAUAUAUAGAAGAUAUGUCACUAUCGCACUACAUGAACAUCACGAAUUGUUCAAGACAAAACAAAAGAAGAAAGGCUACAUGUUUGAAGCAAAGUUACCGAGCAACGUCAUUCAGCUUGCAGAUAUUGCCAAGGCUGAACUUGAUCAGAGAAAAUUGGAAUUUGAACUUCGAGAAGAUCGAGUCCAUCUCGAAAAUUGUGGUUUGUUAGUGAAGAUAGAUGAUGAAUUCCGCAAUCGCUACUCAUUUCUACACCUUACGAUACAAGAAUAUCUUGCUGCAUUGCAUAUCUUCUUUCGUUCUCGAAACAAUAUUAACUGCAUAUCUGAGUUCUUGAAGACAAAAGUCAAUGAACCACGAUGGCAUCUAGUUAUACAAUUCCUCGCCGGAUUGAUUGGGCAUGAAAUAAAGAAAUGCCGGAAUAAUGACCUAAUUACUGAAAAGAGAGCGUUAUAA